GCCAGUCUUCGGCGAACGCUCGUUCAAGUUUUUUUCAGCUUCUCUAGUGAACUGCUCUGUAGAGAACGCAACGCAAAGUCGCGUGCUUUGUUGCGCAAAACUUGCGCUAGUUGGUAAUUUUCUAACAAUUUUUGUUCAAUCGAAACUUUGCUUGAUUUAUGUUCGAACUUUCUCAGGGUGCGAGGUGCAAAGAGGGUUUGGUUCAGCCAACCAUAGACUAGAAAAAAAACAUUCGCAACUUUUGUGACUGUGCUUUUUCGUAAAGACAAAGUGUGUGGUCGUGAAGCCACUUUGCAUUGUUUGGUGCUAUUGUUUAAUGAUAGUUUUUUUCACGUACACUUCAAGUGCCAGAGACAAAAUGGGGGCUUUCACAGUGGGACACAGCUUGCUUUGGAUUGUCGUCCUUACGAUAUUAAAAGGAACAUUUGCCGAUCCCCAACUUAACGAAUACGAAAUCCCCCACGGAAAACCGCCUUCUUUUGUUACCCCUGGUCAGACAUAUCGGAUCGCCUCAGGAGCCACCGUCAUCCUGCCAUGUCGAAUUACGCAGCCAGGGAGUUACGUGUUGGCGUGGAAGCGUGGAAUUGCAGUAUUAACGGCCGGCCCUGUCAAAGUCUCUCCGGAUCCGAGACUUCGAGUUUUACCGUCGGCCACUAUUGAGUCUCCAGCAUCGGGUAUUGGUGGUGUUCCCGAACUUUCAGGCGGCGGCUACAGUUUGGAGCUGAGGGACGUGAAACCUCAAGACGCAGGAGACUACAUAUGCCAGCUGGGCACCAUCGAACCCAAGGAAAUUGUCCAUACCUUGGAAGUCUUGGUUCCAGCCAGGAUACAUUUCGUAUCCCAUUCGGGUACCGUGGAAGUUACGCAAGGCCAGAUGGUGAAAAUGGAGUGCAGAGCUUCGGGAAAUCCGGUGCCGUCCGUUUCCUGGACGAGGAAAAACAAUGUGAUGCCCAGUGGGGAGCGAAGCAUCCAAGGUUUAACAAUGGUUAUUCAGCAUGCCGAUAGGCAUUCAGCUGGCCAAUAUCAAUGUUCGGCUGAUAAUGGAGUAGGAGAACCCGAUACGAAGCACAUCAAUAUCAAUGUUCUAUACCCACCCGAAGUGGAAGUUGAAAGACUAACAGUGCAUACGGGUAUCGGCUUGGAGGCCCAAUUGGUUUGCAUUGUUUAUUCGGAGCCUUCGGCACAGGUAAUCUGGUAUAAAGACACUACACAACUGGGGACAACCGAGCAGCAUACGACCCAAAAUCGAGGCAACCGAUACACUUUGACUAUCCGGAAUGUAUCUCAAAUUGAUAUGGGGAACUAUAGUUGCGUGGCCUCAAAUCAGCAUGGAAAGUCUCGUGGUCGGAUAAUUUUAACAGGCAUCCCAACGGCUCCAGAAGUGGAGUCACAACCCAUAGGGACAGAAAGGGACAAAUACACGGCUGCAUGGUCGGUCAACAGUCAUUCCUCCAUAAUCGAAUUCCUGCUGUUCUACAGACAACAGCCCAGACACCAUCAGACACACCAUGCGCGAAAACAGGAAGAGUCCAACGAUUUUCGGGCAAUUAAAGCCAAUGGGACCCGGAUGGGCGGAAUCCGGCCCGAUUGGGUUAGCUUGACAAUUCCCGGCCCUGGAUUCAACUAUCCCCGCAUUCAGUUGCCUUAUCCGGCGGUGACAAAGCAGAAAAUGUCCUACACGAUCCAGAAUCUUCAACCGGCCACAGCCUACGAGCUUCGAGUACAAGCCAAAAAUGAUCAGGGUUGGGGCAGGAUUUCUCCGGUUUUCCACUUUACCACCAGAGCAAAUGACAUGGAAAAUCUGAUCGAACCGUCUGCUCAACCGGCAGUUUAUGGAUCCACAAACCGAGGUCAGGGUUUAAGUAGCAACCAAAUUCGUCCACUCUUCACCUACGGUCUGUAUUGUGUUUCCGUUUGUGUUUACCUUCUCCUCAACUAAUACUCUUCGAUAGACUAAAAACAGUACUAAAGACGUCGUAAUUUGUAUACCCCGACACUUAUUUUCUUUAACCCUUGUGAUACACUUUUGCUUAGGAGAGAGAAGUGAGUUUCGUCAAAAGCAUAAAGACUUUAACAAAAUCGUUCGGACACAACCGGAACUUUGAUAGUUGAUGUUAAUAUCGUCAUUGUUCUACCGUGUACUAUGUGUUAUAUAGUGCAUUUAAGUGUGUAGUUUCUUAUUACUACAUUUUUACAACGUAUUUCUCAUUGAUUACUUGCACCGAUCAAUUUUUAGUUCGAGCAUCACACCGAUUUGGGAGUAUUCAUUUAGUUAAGGGCAUUGUGUUUCACUGAUAAUUCCAAAGUGCUAUACAUGUAUAGUUUUAGUUUUUGUAAUAUUCAUAAAUGCAACAAAAAAUCGCUUCUACGUAGCUCUAGUUUCCGCUGGCUAAACACUAACAAAAAAUUUUACUGGACUUUCACCUGGGUACCUAAUUUACCGAGCAAGUAACAUUAUUCGAAACUUUAUUUGCAACUUAAUACAAUUCGCAACUUUUCCAGAUUUUUGCACACAUUAUCUGUCUUUUACAUGUCAAGGUAGCAGCAGCAUUGUAAUAAUUCUAUAAUUGUAUAGAUAGUUCUGUUGGAGCUUUUGUAUUUUAAUUAUGUGAUUUUGCUUCUAUCAGGAUUUUCGUAAAGAAAUAAGCUGAGAAAUUAUGAAACUUUGACUUUUUACUCGACGUUUCGCUAGGAUGUGUGACUCCCAUUUUCAAAGAUAUUGCAGGGGACACUUUUUCUAACCAAACCAAUAGCGUAUUGCAAGGGGCGAAAAGUCCUUUGCCAGAUUGCUUUUGUGAAUGAUUGUCGCAGAUGCAAGCAAAACGUCGGAUAGAAAAAGCACUGAACUGCAAACGAUCAAAUAAUUUUUGAAACCAAAAGGGGAUCGAUCUUUCAUUUAUUUGCCAAAAUCCUGAUGGAGCGACGAUUGAAAGUCAUUUUGUACAUAAAGACUGAACUAUUUUUGUAAGAGUGCAAUAAGAUGUGUAUGAAUCGGUUAAUUAUUUUCGAUCAUUAUUAGUGUCAUUUUUGAAUGUAAAUACAGCUUAAUAAAUUAUGUAUAGAUAA